AUUCCCGAGGAAAUCCGGCAAUGGAGGACCAGCAGCGAGAACCCCCACGCAACGCGCCAGACAAUAACCCUCAACCCUUGCUCAACUGGGGCAAGGUUCGUGCACUCGUUGCGGGUUAUCGGAGGGUGGUAGGAUAGAUAAACACGAGAAUAGCUCAUUCAACUCUUUCGCCAUACGGAAAACAGCGUGUGCCGAGGCGGAAAAUGUACGAGAAAAGCUAAUCGACGAGGUCCUUUUCCAACGUACUUUUAUCGCAAUCAACGGAAUUUUUAGAGAUGCACGUAUUGCUGGAAUUCGAACGAAGGAACGAUAUGAAAAUGCAGAUUUUUAGGAUGUAUUACAGAGGAACUUCGACCCUCUCCUAAGAAGCCACUUUCAACACUAGCCAACUACUUCAUCACGAAUUUAAAGACACCUACAUAUAAAUAAUGGUUCAAUCAUCGACAAACAAACAAGGAAUCAAAAAAGCAUUAUAUACGAACAAACUACGCAUACAGCACACCGCACAAUAAGCUUGUCGAAUAAUUUUUUUUAGUGGUGUAAAUCGAGCGAAAUUUGUUAAAAGUCAAAAUCAGGACGUCGAAAUUUCUGGAAAAAAUUGGUAAAAAAAGCUUCAAGCUGAAGCGUGGCCACGAUUACGACCUCCUAAUCGUCGAUUGCGACCCCUUCAUGGAGGGAUCCGAGCAAGACGAGGAUGGGAGGUGGAACUGCAGUGUUCAUCCCAGUGUUUUCUUUCUAUUGGGCACCCUUUUACUUACUACAUGCGCCACUGCAAUGCUUUGCGGGGCUAUAAUGACUGACCAUUUGGAAGAGGUGUCAUGGGACAGAUAUGCUCUGGAAGAUUUAUCUAAUUCAACAGUCAGAAUCCAAUGGUAUUUAGAUGGAAAAGUUGCGAAAAUCAUGACAAAUGAUGGCAAGAAUAAGAUAAUAGCAUUCUUAGUUCCCAUGCAUGGUGGCAUAUGGACAUUGUGUGUUAGUUUGACAAGUGAAGAGAUAGAAUUGCUUGGAGAGAUAGGAUUUCCACCAGUCAUCCAAUGUGUGAAUUAUUUAUCAGGCGGAUUGGACGGAAUGAGAGGUUACGAGCCAAGGGCAGACUGGCAACAUAGAAUGCAAAACUUAUCUAUAUCUUGUGCUCUAGUAUGCCUAAUUGUGCUUGGAAGUGCAGCUUUGGUAGGAGCAUUUGGAGUUUUUCAACACCAAAUUAGUGCUGUUUUAGUAACAGGGGUUAUGUAUCUAUUAGCAGCAUCGUUCGCUCUCUUUUCUCUUACAAUAAUACAUUUUAAGAGACUUCAAAACAAGCCUAGACUGGACGAGUCCGAAAGCAUGGUGGAUGGGGUAGUUAGUCCCAUGGGUGGAAAAGGAGUGUCUGAACUAUUGGGGGCAAGAAUAUUCACCACCUCUUGGUCCUUAGACCUUGGUUGGGGAGGUGUGAUUUUAUGUGUGAUGACUUCAAUACUGUGGAUCUUACUUUCGAAAAUCAUGAGAUUCAAUCCAAUAACAAGCAUGAUAAAUUAAGAUUGGAACUUCAUACUGACUUAACGUAAAUUCUUUAGAAACAGCAACACCAUUCAAUCAAAUUGAAAUAAAAUUUGUAUAGUUAUUUUUCCAUUUGAAUUUCAGGCAGCAAUAACUUGAAAAGUUAGGUCUAGUCUGCUUUAAGUAUCGCUAUCUUUGUUUCAAAUUAGUCAACAUUUUUUACCUAAAUCUUUCAAAGAUGGUGAAGAAAAACCAUGAAAUGCAAAUUAUAUAAUAGAUGAAUUGAUCUGGCAAAAUAUUUUAUAGAUGCUUUGUGCCUAUAAAUUUGACUUUGACUCUUUGAGUAAGUACUUUUACCGUCCAUAUAAUUUUAGAAAUGUGAUCCUCGGCUCUUGGAGGUGUUCGUUUGAAAUUUAAAAAUACCAAUAAUAAAAGAUUAUAUAUUUACAAGCUAAAAAAGCUUAUUAUUCAAAAACGUAACAAUUGUGCUUAUUUUUGUAUUCAUAUUUUCAAAUAUUGAACUCGUUCAACUUCAAAGGAUAAUGUGGACUGAAUAUUGAAUGUAAGCUUGUUCCUCAAAAUCUUAUGAGAAAAAGAAUGCGGGAGCAAUAAUAGGUUAAGUUAGCAAUGUACCAUGCAACAAAGAAUACCUUACGAUGCUUGCCUUAUAAGAAAUAUUCGACUAUUGUAAAAAUUAUUUUGUACGAAAAUUGGGAGCUAUUUGCGAAUAUAUUAAUUUGUGCAUCUUAGGUUUCUAUCAAUAAUUUCUGAAUAAUAAAAAUAAAUCAACAAAUUUUGCACUUA